CGGCGGCUGUCCGGGUGACUCGGUUAUAUGUCACAGAAUAACAUUCGAGAAUGGGACAUGGAAUGAGGCGACGGCCGACGCAGCUCCAACAGCCCUCUGCAGCAAUGAGGCCAGCUGGCCCGAGGAGAGAUGAAGGCCACCCCCGCGGGGCUCUGAUCCCUGGCGCGCCCAAGUCCCCCGCCGCGUGCCCCUCACCAUGACCGGCUCCGCCCCCCACACCCAUUGCUGCCCCCACCCCAAAGGCGCCAAAGGCACCCGGUCCCGGAGUAGCCACGCGCGCCCAGUAAGCCUCGCCACCAGCGGGGGCUCGGAGGAGGAGGACAAAGACGGCGGGGUGCUGUUCCACGUGAACAAGGGUGGCUUCCCGAUCGACAGCCACACCUGGGAGCGGAUGUGGCUGCAUGUUGCCAAGGUCCACCCCAAAGGGGGAGAGAUGGUGGGCGCCAUCAGAAACGCUGCCUUCCUGGCUAAGCCUUCAAUUCCCCAGGUCCCCAACUACAGGCUGUCCAUGACCAUCCCAGACUGGCUCCAGGCCAUCCAGAAUUACAUGAAGACGCUACAAUACAAUCAUACAGGGACCCAGUUCUUUGAAAUCAGGAAAAUGAGACCUCUGAGUGGGUUAAUGGAAACGGCGAAAGAGAUGACCCGAGAAUCCUUGCCUAUCAAAUGCCUUGAGGCAGUCAUUUUGGGCAUAUACCUAACCAACGGGCAGCCUUCCAUCGAGCGGUUUCCCAUCAGCUUUAAAACCUAUUUCUCAGGAAACUACUUUCACCACGUCGUGCUGGGGAUCUAUUGCAACGGUUACUACGGCUCACUGGGCAUGAGCCGAAGGGCUGAGCUGAUGGACAAGCCACUGACCUUUCGGACUCUGAGUGACCUUGUCUUCGACUUUGAAGACUCGUACAAGAAAUACCUGCACACAGUCAAGAAGGUCAAGAUUGGGCUGUAUGUCCCCCACGAGCCUCACAGCUUCCAACCCAUUGAGUGGAAGCAACUGGUCCUCAAUGUCUCAAAGAUGCUGAGGUCUGACAUAAGGAAGGAGCUGGAGAAAUACGCCAGGGACAUGCGGAUGAAGAUCUUACAACCUGCAAGUGCCCACUCUCCAACCCAAGUGAGAAGCCGGGGAAAAUCCCUGUCUCCCAGGAGGAGGCAAGCCAGCCCCUCAAGGAGGCUCGGCAGGGGAGACAAAUCGCCUGCUCUACCUGAGAAGAAGGUGGCUGACCUCAGCACUCUGAACGAAGUGGGCUAUCAGAUCCGGAUCUAGCCACGCCAGCUGGUGAGGCUUCCAUGGUGCUCUUUUCUGCACUUUACCCAGCAGCUUCAGGAGGACCUGCAACUAUUCUUGAAGAACUUGUGGAGUUUUGAUUUUGAAGGACUUACCGGCAAACAGAGUCUGAGUGGGUGGAAAUGGUGAGCUUUGAAAAAACUCACCGGGCAACAGGCAUGGCUGGGCUGAAGUGAUGGACAGGCCCCUGGGUUGACUGUCUGCCACACUCAGGAUCUCAAGGACAACACUGUAGUCUAUUUUUCCAUUUGCCGACUGUUAGCUUGCUUUGGACGCUUUGCCUCAGCUGUAGUCAACUUCUGGAGUUCUCUCCCAGUCUUUGUAACGCAGUCAGUGUUACCGUCUUCUCAGCAAUAACAAGCAAAGAUGGUGGGUUUUUUUAGCAGUUGAUAUUACCUCAACAUUUUGGCAUCAGAUAUGCAAUCUUAAUGAGUUUUUUAUAUUCUAUUUGUAUUGUUUUCCUAGUGUUUCUUAUAGGGAUCUUGAUGGUUUGGCGGGUUUGGUUGUUUUGUUUUUUCCUGGUGCACAUAUGAGAUGAGAUUUAAGGUGCCACAUGCAAACGUUUUAGCAAAAGGUACUGCAAUUCUGGCAAUAAGGGGCAACACAUUAGGAUACUGGAGUCACUUAAGGCAUCUGCUGACUGCAGGUUUUCCUCUUUCAAAACAGGCAUGCUAACAGCUCUAGUCCAUGUUCUGCUGCUAACAUUUAAGGUUUUCCAAAUGCAGCAAAAAGCACAAGAGGCCACACACUCACGAAAACCCAGCAGCGCCGAAGACCUCUGGCAGAAAGGCGCUUGAAAAAGCAGACAUUGGGAGCUGACUGUUCGUUCCCGUUUUUGUUAGCCCUGACUCUGAGGGGCUCACGGUUGUUCAUGUGUUCUGCUGUCUUACAUUAAGGCAAAUGUGAUGAUGGACUAUUUCCCAGUAGCUUGUUUUCAGGCACCACUUCAUGGCUUUAGGAAGUGCUGGGGAAAACCGUGAACUCAAAAAGCAGGCUGUCUUAAAAGAAAAGGUCCACCAGAGUGCUAUGCCUCCGUGUGCCUCAGGCCCUGAAGCAGAAUGAGGCUGCCUGUGGCCGGUGCAGUGCAUCUUAUGCUUUUGGAUCUGAAGGCAAGCAAGAGUGCUGUAAAUCUGUAGUGCAGCUUUAAAAAGUCACUGAUCUUAGUGCAGCCACUACGCCUGAGGACCAGCUUGUCCACAGAGCUUUUAGCAUGUGCUUCUCUGGCUGUGGUUGACAGGUUAAGAGGCCCUGUUAGCUGACCACUCACUGAGUUUUCACAGGGAAGACCUAGAGCCACAAGAGAGGCAAAAGCUGUGGGCACAAAGACUCACUCCACCCUAAAGCCAACAUACUAAUGAAAAGUAUUGUUUUCUUGGAAAAAUUUAGUGUCCUUUAGAGAACAGGACCAGGGAACUAAAACACCAGGAAAGUUUCCAAUUCCGAACUUAUGGCUUUCUGUAAGAACCGUUAUCAGAGUUGCAGAUGCGGUCCUGGGCCUGGGCGAGUGCUGGGAGGCUGUGCUCUGACAGGGCCUAAGGAAGACUCUUCCUCCAUGUGCCCUCAAAUGCUGUCCAUUCUCAGUGUUGUCAAGAGCUGGGGAGUGCUUUCACUCUUGCUCAGCUGUUUACCCCUGAAACACCUCCAUCUGGUACAUGGACUGAUCAGAAUUGGGCCACCAGGCCAAGUGCCUGCAGCUGCCUUGUUCAAGGUCAGUUUAUGUGAAAAAAGUCAGUGGGACAACCUUGAUCCACGGCAAGGCAAAGAAUAGCACGCAGCUGUCCUGGAGUAUGACUCUUUGUUAUCUAAUCUUUUCCACAAACACUUCUGAUUUUUAGAUUCAUUUUUCAAAGCAAGGUUAAUCACAGAAACAUUUAAAAUGCUCUGUCACUCAGUUUACUGUCUGUAGUUACACUAACUUCUAAAAAUAGAAGGAGUCACAAAAUACCUAAAUCCUAAUGCAGGAGUUUAAUUAAAUAAUAAAAUGGCAAAAAAAAAAAAAAAAAAAAAAAAAAACCCCCGUGUAUUACCUCUCCUCAGCAUGCCUGUGAUUUAAGAAGACAGAGAAAAGUAUGAGGUGACAGGAGCAGGUUUGGCCUAUGCAGUGCAGAUGAGCAGAGUGGAACAACAGUCUCAAGCUGACUGGCUGCUGACUGGGAAAGGUGAUCCCAGGGGUUUUCCCUAUGCUGAAAUCAUGAGCACAUAUGUCCCUUUUCUUGAGUCAGUGGUUUCAUAGGGUGUCCUCAGCAUACAUGGGGAACCUUUGCAACCCUUCAGCUUACUCUACAAGGUUUUCCUAUGCUAGACUUUUAUGUACAACCUUGGACAGUUUUGACAUACAGUUCAGAUUCUUUUUUAUUUUCUUAGACUUUGUUCUUGCCAAUACAUUUUAAAAAUGUUUGAGAAGAGCCGUGACUGUUUUAGUGAGUAUUUUUCUAAGUACAUGAAGACUUGACAGUGCUCUGGAGGACGCCAGGAGUGCAUGUUUCAGGCUUGCGUGUCUCUUGUCACGUGUUGUACACAGCAUGGACUGUAAUAAAAACCAUUCUGGAAACUGAA